AUAUACAGGUUUCCUACUUUGUAACUAGACAGGGUUGGAUGAAAUAUAAUCAGAAAUAGAAUCAAUUAGUGAUGGAAAAACAACUCCUAAGAUAAUCUUGCUUUAAUUGUUAGGUUUAAAGUGGUUUUACCUUUCAUUGAAACUUUAUUCAUUGAAUUCAGUCACUUCUUUUGAAUUUGAUUUGAUUCAAAGUCAUAAGAAGCACUUUAAGCAGCAACAACAAAAGCACAAGUGGCAAGAAAAACACUAGGUGGUAGGGUGCACAUGUUUACUAUUAUUAGCAUCAAAUAUUUGUUACUAUAAAACUUAAGUACUUCACUUUGAUUCCAACAUCCUAGGGUCUUCUCAUUCUUUGAUCUUCUUUGUGAGUGACUAAAAAUGGUUUCCACUCCUUCUCUACCUUCUAAGGAAACUCAAUCAGAACAAAAAGAGGUGGAGAAUGGCCCCGCUCGCCGAGCCAAAUGGUGGUACUCGACUUUCCACACGGUGACAGCCAUGAUAGGUGCCGGUGUUCUCAGCCUGCCAUAUGCCAUGGCAUAUUUAGGAUGGGGUCCAGGGAUCUUGAUGUUGUUACUAUCAUGGUGUCUAACAUUAAACACAAUGUGGCAAAUGAUCCAGCUACAUGAAUGUGUUCCGGGAACUCGUUUCGAUCGUUAUAUUGAUCUUGGUAGACAUGCUUUUGGACCAAAACUUGGAGCAUGGAUUGUUCUACCUCAGCAACUGAUUGUACAAGUUGGGUGUGACAUUGUGUAUAUGGUUAUUGGUGGGAAGUGUCUAAAGCAGUUUGUGGAGAUAGCAUGCACUGAUUGUACACAAAUCAAGCAAUCUUAUUGGAUUAUGAUUUUUGGUGGCAUCCAUUUUUUUCUGUCUCAGCUUCCUAAUUUCAAUUCUGUUGCUUGUGUUUCUUUAGCAGCAGCUGUGAUGUCAUUAAGUUAUUCAACUAUAGCAUGGGUGGCUUGCUUACCUAGAGGCCGGAUUGACAAUGUUAGCUAUGCAUACAAACCAAUCAGCAAAACUGAUUUAUUGUUCAGAGUCUUCAAUGCACUUGGUCAAAUAUCAUUUGCAUUUGCUGGCCAUGCAGUGACCCUUGAAAUUCAAGCUACGAUUCCAUCAACACCUGAAAAACCAUCAAAGAUAGCAAUGUGGAAUGGUGCUAUUUGUGCCUAUUUCAUCAAUGCAAUAUGUUAUUUCCCAGUUGCAAUCAUUGGAUAUUGGACUUUUGGACAAGAUGUUAAUGAUAAUAUACUAAUGUCACUUGAAAAACCUUCAUGGCUUAUUGCCUCUGCUAACUUGAUGGUAUUCAUCCAUGUUGUUGGUAGCUAUCAGGUUUAUGCAAUGCCUGUUUUUGAUUUGAUUGAGAGGAUGAUGAUGCGAAGAUUGAACUUCCCUCCCGGUGUAGCGCUUAGACUUGUAGCUCGAUCUGCUUAUGUAGCUUUUACAUUAUUCUUUGGAGUCACUUUUCCAUUCUUUGGUGAUCUUCUUGGAUUCUUUGGUGGAUUUGGUUUUGCUCCCACUUCAUAUUUUCUUCCUAGCAUAAUGUGGAUGAUAAUCAAGAAACCAAAGAAAUUCAGCAUCAACUGGUUCAUCAAUUGGGCUGGAAUUUACAUAGGUGUAUGUAUUAUGCUGGCAUCAACAGUUGGUGGCUUGAGGAACAUUAUUGCUGAUUCAUCCACUUAUAGUUUCUAUACCUAAAGUGAAUGAUGUUGCAAUUAUCCCAAACUUUAACCACUUAUUGUAUGAUUAAUUUCAAAAAAGUAAUAGCUCACAUAAAGUAGCACAUGUUGAAGGCAUAGAGUAGGAGUAAUAUCUUACAAAUAUCAAAUAUGUUCAAAGAAGCUGCAAAUCAUGUAUGAAUGUUGGUUUUCUUGAGUUUUCAUAUCAAAAUAACUAGUUGUUAAUAAGAUUAUCUUGCUCAUGUAAUCCUGAAUGUCCAAUUGAAGUUGAUCCUA